UUCUUCCUCCUUCCCACGUUCCUCGCCUGUGCCAACGUCGGCCGCCGGCCGCUAUCUCUUCUCCACUCGCCUCCUAUGCACUGAGAUCGCCUCCUCGCGGUGCCGCCACCGGACGGACUCGACGCCUCUCUCCCUCACGUACACCGCCGCCGCUCCAGCGGCCUUUGCCACCGAGUCCAGUGGCUACCUCUGUCGCGGCCAGUCGCCACCUCUGUCGUGUCCAGUCGCCACCUCUGUCGUGUCCAGUAGCCGCUGCCGCCACCAAGUCCAUCAGUCACCGCAGCCACUUCUGAUGGCCGCUACCGCCCUCCGAUGCCACCUACAGCGACGGUCACCAGUCGAUCCACGACCACCACUGAUUUCACAACUGUUGUCAUCCUCCGAUUUGGUACCGCGCUGGCCUAUGAGCCACCGUUGUAUUUCGGCUUAUGAGUCGUUGUGGUGUGUUUGGCCUGCGUGCCGAUAUUAUAUCUCGAUCGAUGUGCCGCUAGUAUCUCUAGGUCGACUUGUUGUUUGUCGGAUUCAGGUUACACUCGGCUCCCGGCGGGUAGAUCCAGCUCCUCAGCUGACACAUUCAUCUAUCCUUCAGGGCCGUGACGACUCAAUCAGCAGCGCGAUCAACUCACCGAUCCAUCCGAGAGUGCCCCCCGGGGCCAGGAGACCAGGACAAUCCGACCGCUGGCUGCAAGUAGUGUUGACCAAAGGGCAUCGGACGACUUGGUCAACACAGGAGAUAGCUCACCAUUCGGGUCAUGCAGAUGCGGGCAACAUUCUAGACAUGUCGUUCCGGCAGUUCGGUCUUCUCAGCUUCCCGACAGGAACAGUGAACUUCAUUGUUUUAGUUAUAUACUUAUUUUAUUUGUUAGUUGGUUUCGUUAAGUAGUGCUAGUAUUGUAAUGUGAUAAAAAAAAUAUAUAAUUAUGGAUGAUAUCGACAUUAAAAAAAUUAAGAUAAGUUAAUCACGU